GCGCCCGCUUAGUAAGAGCCAGACUGCAGGGCAGAGGGUUGGGCUUUGUGCUGCGACCCCCGCAGGAAAAGAUGAACGGGACGAGUAAUUGGUGUACAUUGGUGGACGUGCACCCGGAGGGGCAGAACGCGGGCAGCGUGGACGUGCUCAGGCUGACUCUCCAGAGUGACCUGACAGGAGAUGAACUUGAACGCUUAGCCCAGAAGGCGGGCAGGAAGACCUAUGCCAUGGUGUCCAGCCGCUCAAGUAGUCAUUCUCUGGCCUCAGAACUGGUGGAGUCCAAUGAUGGACACGAAGAGAUCAUUAAGGUGUACUUGAAGGGGAGGUCUGGAGACAAGAUGAUCCAUGAGAAGAAUAUUAACCAGCUGAAGAGUGAGGUCCAGUAUAUCCAAGAGGCCAGGAACUGCUUGCAGAAGCUCCGGGAGGAUAUAAGUAGCAAGCUUGACAGAGAUCCAGGAGAUUCUGUCCAUAAAAAGGAGAUACAGGUGGUGCUAGAAAAGCCAAAUGGCCUUAGUGAAGGUCCCCUGACCACGUAUAACAGCCCACCCGAGGUGGACACCUAUAUAAAAGAAGAUGUCGAGAGCUUGAGGAAGACGGUUCAGGACUUGCUUGUCAAGCUGCAGGAAGCUGAGCGGCAGCACCAGUCAGACUGUUCGGCUUUUAAGGUCACACUCAGCGAGUACCAGAGAGAAGCCAAACAGAGUCAGGUGGCCCUUCAGAGAGCGGAGGACAGAGCAGAGCAGAAGGAGGCAGAAGUCGGGGAGCUGCAGAGGCGCUUGCUGGGAAUGGAGACGGAGCAUCAGGCCUUACUGGCGAAGGUCAGGGAAGGGGAGACAGCCCUGGAGGAACUCCGGAGUAUGAAUGUUGACUGCCGAGCAGAACAAGAGAAGGCUGCUAACCUGGAAAAGGAAGUGGCUGGGUUGCGGGAGAAGAUCCACCACUUGGAUGACAUGCUUAAGAGCCAGCAACGAAAAGUCCGGCAAAUGAUAGAGCAGCUCCAGAACUCAAAAGCUGUGAUCCAGUCCAAGGAUAGCACCAUCCAGGAGCUCAAGGAGAAGAUUGCCUACCUGGAAGCCGAGAAUUUAGAGAUGCAUGACCGGAUGGAACACCUGAUAGAAAAACAAAUCAGUCAUGGCAACUUCAGCACCCAGAACCGGGCCAAGACCGAGAACCUGGGCAGCGUCAGGAUAUCCAAGCCCCCCAGCCCAAAGCCCCUGCCUCUCAUCCGAGUGGUGGAAACAUGAGCCCAAGGAGAUGGACGUUGCUGCCGCCUUUGGCCUGCGGAGGAACCCAUCACCCCUGGAGGCUGCCGGCCCUGACUUUGACUUCCCACCUGCUCCCUGGCUGUGCUCACGGUUCUGUACGCUGGGCAGAAGGAGGACUAACGCCCCUCUGGACACUGUGGCCUCUGGAGGCUGGUACCCUGCCUGCAGGGGCCAGGGCAGUAGCCUUGUUCCCAUAGUUACUAUUUCUCUCUGUAGCAGAGCCUCCCUUCUGUUGUAGCCUGGAGUUCAGCUGCCCCAGAAGCAGGCCCUCCAUGGGUCAGGUCUGGAGAGGUGAUGAGAUCUGUCCUAGAAGCUGGAGUCCUGGGGGAACAGAGUUCCUUCCGUAAACAUAGCUCAGUUCUUAGCAACAAACUGUUUGUUUUUCUACUUGCUCCACCCUCAGCCCAUGCUGAGCAGGGCCUCCUGCAGACAGACUUUGGGGCUGCCUGUCAUGGCCUGGUCAGAGUCAGUGAACCUCAACUUUGACCAGGUGGUCUUGUCUUUGGGGGAGGGGAAAUGUCCUUCAAGGCGUAGCUGUGAGCAGAAAGGUUCUGUGAGGCCAUGGACAGUUACGGGCAACUUCUCUCUGCUGUGAAGGCUCCCAGAACCUCUUAUGGUUUCCCCCUAAGUGGAGGUGCAAGAUACACCUCAUUCUUCUUGACUCAGAGCCUAAAAACUGUUUCACUGGGUUACAUCAAUCUCAGCGAAGAAACUCUUAUGGUAUUUAUUUUGCUAAGUUAUUGGUGUUUUUCUUCCAUCUCACAACUGAUUUAAUCCCAGAGUUUUGCAGUCUUCUCUUGCGGUGUUUGGAUUUACUUGACAGAGGGAAAAGAGCAUUUCCAAUGGACUCAUUGAUUUCAGAAUGAUGUUAUAAGUCUUUUUCUUUCUUUCCUCUACCUGCUGCCUUUCCCUUCCUCCUCCAAACCUCAAGAAGGCAAGUAUAUUUACCCUGAGGCAUCAGGGUCUGAAUGUCUGUUGUUUGGGGGAAGACAGCCAUCUGGAGGGAUUGAAUUCCUCUCUUAACCCUGCUGUGCCCCGGUGCUCCACCAUCAGUUUGUUAUCCUGGCUCUGAAUGAACCUGCCACUCAUCUGUGUUCUCUUUAGGGCUCUUCCUGCAGCCUUAAGAAGGAGGUAAGCAUCAGAAUGUGGUACUCUAGGACACAGGAAAAUGAAAAAUAAACAUUAAGUCUCUUUAGGUUCUACUUGGCUCAAAACCAGAAGCCUUAAAUCUGUGGUUUCUGUGCAUUGUGGCUGAGCUCCCGUGCUAGCUUUGUUCGUUGUGGUGUUCGAGUGUUCUUCACACCGUUCCCAUUUGCACAAUGAGGGGGUUGCACCAGAUAAUUUCCAUGGGUCCUUCCAGUUCUGAUACUCUUUCCCAUGGCAUACUCUUUGUAUGGUGAGUUUAAUAAAUUAUGUUAAUGUGUCUCUUUGA